AUGCUCGCUCCCCUCUUGACCGCGCUCUCAAAAUCCCACUCACAUGAGUACCCGCUUCACGCCAACGAAGCCCUGAGCGGCAUUCUGGGCUCCAUCUCGCUCGCGUGCUGGAUUUUCCUCUUGCUGCCUCAGCUCCUCGAGAACUAUCGAAAUUCCUCGGCCGAAGCGGUCUCGCUCGCCUUCAUUUUUGUGUGGUUCCUCGGCGAUAUCUGCAACCUGAUCGGGGCGGCAUGGGCAGGCCUUGUCCCCAUGAUCAUUGCCAUUGCAGUAUAUUUCUGUAUCAGUGAUGGGGUUCUCAUUGGGCAGUGCUUGUAUUACGGGAUACGAAACAAGAGGAGGCAGGCCAAGGCCUUGUUGGCCAGGGAGCGUGGGGACAGUGUGAUCGGCGGGCAGAGUGCGGCUCUGAGGGAUGAAGCGGCCAAUGGAGAUGGGGAGAGGGCGCCGCUGAUCAAGAAGAACAGGACUGGCAGCUACACUGGCACCAUCCCGGGCAGUGGUGAGCGCCGGAGAAGCAGCGGAGGCAGUGCCGAAAGACGACGGAGUAGUGCUGCCGCUCAGCAGGCCAGGAACGAACACCUCGCGAAGAUUCUGGAGGAGACGGAUGAGAGUGGUGUCAGGCUAUGGGGCAAAAAUGCUCUAAGCGUGCUGGGCAUCGUCGUUGUUGGCACAGCUGGCUGGGCAGCGGCUUACGGAACAGGCGCGUGGAAGCCGAGUCCGCCACCCGCCGAGGUCCAUGGGACGGAGAUGGCGCCUGGUGCGCAGGUCUUGGGCUAUGCCAGCGCUGUGUUGUAUCUCGGCGCGCGGCUGCCGCAGAUCUAUAAGAACUGGCAGGAGAAGAGCUGCGAAGGCUUAUCGCUACUAUUCUUUAUACUGUCUCUGCUCGGAAACCUGACUUAUGGAGCGGGAAUUCUCUGUCACUCACUCGAUAAGGAUUAUGUCCUGACCAAUGUCCCUUGGCUCAUCGGCAGUUUAGGAACCAUGGCAGAGGACGUGAUCAUUUUCGCUCAGUUCCACGUCUACCGGCAAGCAAGGAGGGUUAGUGACACCGCUGUCGAGUGA